GUUGUUGUUGUUGGCGCCAGCUGUAAAGCUUGACUUCCGGUAGUUUUGUCGUAGGGGGUCUACACGUGUUGGUGGACUAACUGAGGAUUUGGGGUCAUUUUGAUGUCUACGUGGUCUGUUUUGGACUCCCGUGUGUUUAUAUGUGAUCGUGUUUAGCACCUCUGAGCGGGUGUCACGAUGUUCAGACGAAAAUAAAUAGAAACACGCGCUCGCUGCCUGCGGCGGGAUAGCUAACGUUAGCUGAACAUGCCCGAACUUGUUCUUCAACACCGACAGAGAGACAGACAGGCAUCGUGGACAACGGAAAACCCGACCGCAGUUUGAAUGAUUUAACAUUAAACAAACAUGGAUUACCAGUUCCCACAGGAGCUUUUUCCAUCGUUUUAUAACUGCGGGCCGCCGAAUUUGGUGCAGAAACACAAUGCUGGAGGCUGGGCCAGCUACGACCAGGUCAAACCUCAGGUUGGUUCUGGUCCUCUCUCCACCUGGACUUUCACAUCCAGGCAUCAGGUCGGAGGGGAGCUGUGGCGUCAAGUCGAGCCUGUGCCGGUCCCCCUCCUGGCUCCUAAACACGCUAUUCUUUCGCCUUUGACACCUCCGGAUCCAAUGAACUUCACAGAGCAUAUGAAUAAUUUUUUCAUGGAUCACUCCCUGGACGCCUUCGGCUGCAUGAGCAACGUUCUGUCCGAACACUUCUCCUUUAAGCUAAAAGGGCAAAAAGAGAAAUAUUUUAAGGAUGCAGUGAGGAUGGGGAGGGUGACCUACUUCCUGGAUUUGCUGAAGGUUAAAAUGUGCGAGCAGAAGUAUCCCUGCCGGAAGCUGGCCCGGCACAGCUGCCAGCUGUAUGACGUGGUGCACUCCAUCCCUCCAGAGCUGCUCGGCUCACUGCUGUACGAUGAGCUGGCGGAGCAGAGGGACCGCCUGCUGUUCUCCGAAGGAACCACAGGGGGUGCUCUGAGUUUCGUUCCCUUUUCACAGAGUGAUGGUGGCUCUCAGCAUGGCUGCCUCCUCUAUCCUGGAAACCCUGCACUGAAUACCCUCAACUUUCACAAGGUGGAGCUGCAGCACCACAGAAGCGGUCCUUUCUGUGUGGAUACCAGCAGCAAACCGUUCAGCUUCCCACUUAGAGGCCCCGUCAGACAGAUCAGCACCGCCUCGCUGUUUGGCGAAUGUUGUGUGGCUGUGCGGUCGGAUUACCUCUGUGGUGUUUGGAGGUUCAGUGAGAGAAAUGAGCCGCAGGCACUCCAGGUGGUCAGCACGUCGGAGGUCGCGACCUGUAUCAGCGCCAGUCCUCAUGUUUUAGGUGAAGUUCUGGUGGCGAGCGAGAGCGGAGCCGCAAACCUGUGGACGGUGGGGAAAGGGAUGCAGAAGGUGCGACAUGAGGACAGCAACCUGUACUUCAACGCCAAGUCUCCAUGGAGAUGGUGCGAGUUCACUGCCCACCCGAGAGUGGUGCUGUAUGCGGACAGGACGGGGGUGGACCUAACAGAUAUCAGGGUGAGUCCGGCCUCCUGCCACACUCUGUUUCGUAUCAGCAGCACCGCUGAUUGUCGGAGCGGAGAGAGACUUGUCCUGUCCAGGUAUCUAGGAGACUCCCACUCCUUCCACCACCUAAUCACCACUCAGUACUCGGCCUACAUCAUGGACGAGCGCUUCCCGUGCGUCCCAAUGCUCAAAUGGGAUCACAUGAUGACGUCUCCACCUAUUUUCUGUCACAUUGUUCCUGGCUGCGCCUCGUCAAGCUUGUCAGCUGGCGAAGCAACCACUAAGGUCCUGCUCAGCUCCCAGAGUUCUCAGGAAAUUAUGAUGCUGCAGUAUGCAGGAGGCAGAGGGAACGCCUGUUUCAGUCGAGGUCCUCCUCAGGCUCUGCUCAGGCCCAGAGACAGUCUGAAACACCUCCCAGUCCAGAUCCCUCACCGCUUGGACGUUGCAACCAACAGACUGUCCUCAUAUGCCGCAGGUCUCACUUGCAUCCAGAAGGCAGCAGAAGGUGGAGGUGGUGGCGAGGAGUGCAUGUGCGUCCUCCAGCUGACGGAGGCAGGAGAUAUUUUCUAUCAGAUCCUGGAGCACAAGCAGCCGGACACCGACGAGUCACAGCCUCGAGCCGAGGAGGGUGAUCUGAAGCCUCGGCAACAAAUUAGUCCAGGAAUGACAACACGGGCAAGGAAAACAGCUGAGAGCCUUCCACCUGAUUCUCAGCUGAUCAUCUCCGAGACAUCAAGUGACGAAGACGUCGUUGGGCCCACACAGGGUCCAUCGAGGAUUGUACCUGAAACACCGGAAAGAGGACAGCAAGCAUCCAGCUUCUCGGAGGAUUCAGAGUCAGAGAUGAACCGGAACCGAAGGCGGAUGCAGCUGCAGGUUGUUGUCAACGAUGAUUCAGGGGCGGAGGAAGAAAUUGGAUUUGACGUCGGUGUGAAUGAUAAAGCUGUUGAAGUGGAGGAAAUUGUCAGUGGUGCAUCUCGGAGAAAGACUCCAGUAAAGCUAAGCAGUGGUGCUCUCGUCACAUGGAAACAUUGGCUCCAGAAACUGAUGCAAAAAACCUAUGAAAAUAAGCACCGCUCACACCUCUUGCAGCACUUCAAAGCCAACACUCAAGGUCUGCUUUGUAUUCCUGAAGGCGAUCAAGGCACUUCACGGCAGGAUAAGUGCAUGCAAAGCCUGAGGAAGGAGCUGAGGUUGGGCAUGUCCAGACGGUCACUGCUGGUUCACAGCAUGGUCUCCACCUCUCUCAGGCCUCCACAUGUAGUACCCUUACCAAACCAGUUUAACACAAAUGUCUGGACAGAUCCACUCAGUCACCGACUGACCCUCUCCUGGCAGGGUGAGGAGGCAUGGCAGAAGUGGUGGAAGGACCAGCUGGGCUUCACCAAGGAGGCAAAGGUGCAGGCUCUGCGAAGGAGGAGGAGGAAAGAAAAAGAGGCGAAGCAAGCCACUGGACGUCGAUUGAAUCUGAGCGCUAGCUUUACCUCGUCUGUCAGCUACCAGUCGGCGCUGGAUGACCUCUCUGACUCUGCGGGCUGGUCCUCCGGAGUCAGCCAGGCGGCGUGGUCAGACACAGAGGACAGAGGGAGGCUGUCUCAGUUCUUAAGUAUGUCCGAGGGUGAGACUUCGAGGGCUGCGACGCCUUCCACCGUUCUAAAUGACACUCCAACAGCAACUCCAACUCCCACCCCGACCGCCACACCACAACGUGAUAAACGUAGCAACCCUCAGCAAACCCCCAGCAGGACCACCACCCUUCCUCAGACCCAGACACUCGGACUGGACUUCACACCAGCCAGUCAGAGGAGGAGCAAACGACCAGCAGACGACUACCUCGAAUCUCUGUUCGCGCCACAGGAUGAUCCUUCGCAGAGCCAUUACUUGGAUGAGGGGAGCUCCACAAAUCCACUCUUGGCCUCAUCUCAGCUCCGCAGCUCCCAGUCCAUCCCUCUCCGAAAUUACAGUGUGGAUUUGACCAGAAUGAACUUCGGCUCGCCAGGCUCCUCUCAGUCAAAGUCUCAAUCCUACUCUCAGUCCCAGAGUUCACAGGGUCGACUGUCACAGGCAUCGCAACCAAAGAAGAAGUCUCGAAUGGGAUUUUGAAAUGUUUACUCAGUCUGGGAAUGUAUUGUUUGGGAUUUUGGGAUUACGCUUCCUGGAUUUGCUACACUGGAAUGAAAUGAGAAAACUUGGACACUGGAUCUAAGCUAAUCAAGGAGGAUCACCUGUGUGACGUCUGGAGGAGUCACUGCAGACUGUUUGGUAGGACUGAAUGGAAUUUAUUACCUCAGUUGUGUAUGUGUGUGUCUGUGCGUGUGUGUGCAUGCACGCAACUGACUGAGCUCAUGUUCCUGUUUUAUUUAUGACUUUUUGUGAUAAAAGCUGAGGGUCAACAUGCAGGAUUAUUAAAACUGUAGAGAGUAAUGGUGAUAAUUAACUUGAGAUCAGCAAGGGCUGGUCCCUGAGUUAUGCUAGGGUCUGUUAUAACUAUAAAGUCUAGAUAAAGCUAAAGAGCCUUUAACGUAUCAAUAAUUUCCAUAAAAAUGAUUCAAAAGAUACCAGAAGUUGGUUUACCCAAACGCAUUUCAGAAGAUGAUACUGUGAAGGCUAUAUUACUGCACCAAACAGCUGUCAUCCAACUUUCACAUAUUUAAUGCCAAAACCAUUCCUGAAGGUCAUAAUGAACACGCCCACAAACAGCCGCCUCUCAUCAACUGUCUGUGUGGUUAAAUGUGCAUUAUUUAAAAAGCUUCUUGUCUAUGACGUAUAUCUUUUAUGUUUCUGUUUCACUCAUUUUGCCAAAUUUAUGUUUCUGAGACUUUUCUACAUCUAAGCAGAAUUUAACUUAUUUUCUCAAUAAAACCACAACUAACAUGAACAAAAAUCUCAACUUCUCCUUUAAAGGGAAACAAGGGCAGAAACUUAAAAGACCAACCACACCUUCCACGUUCGUGGGGUUUUUAUUUCUAAGUUCAGCUGUGGGUUUAAAUUCAGCAGGUUGUGGCGUUCAAUGGAAACGCUGUUAAUAUUUAGAUGCGCUGCACUACUUAUCAUUCUUGAUUAUUUGUCAGAUGAUUCAUCUCCUUCCAUAAAGGACGACCCAGUGUAUCUUCUAUGAAAGGAGGUAGUAAAGGAAGCACGGAGGCACCUUUGCUUUAUUUAGAGAGAGCUUCUGUUGUGGCUGUCGGGCAGAAACUUCCAGGUCUUGUUAGUCAGUUGGGAAAUUUUCUAAGAAAACUGUCUUUUGGUGGCAAAAGACUGUUGAAAGAGUUUGUGCCUUGUGUACAGUCUCAAAAAGCAGUUUGUCCAGCUCAGUCGUUUUGAUGAACAUUUGGUUGUAAACUGGGUGGCCAAGUUCAAAGCUGGAGAAAGGUGUCAUUUGUUUGUUUGGGUUUUUCUUUUUUUUGGGGAGGGGGGUCCAGCUUUACUGGAGUCAACGCACCCAAGUUGCACAUGUGGCUCUUAAAUGUGUUUUAAAUUCUUGGAUGUGCAUGAGUGCUGUGCCUGUAGAGAAAUGAGCUGCACUCAGGUUCAGGUUUGAUUGAUGGAGUAGUUUUUGCUUGCAGACAUGAUUUAAAGGGGAAAAAAGAAACAGACGAGAUG